AUGCCUAGUUGUCUCCUCUUCCUUUUCCUCAUAUUCAUCUCUGCCUUCUUCCUCUCAUCAACGGCGUUCAACCUCACCACCCUCACCUUCUCCCAUUCCUACUCUCCCCUCUUCAGCGAUUUCAACAUCAAGACAUCCGACAACGACAAAGCUGUCAGCCUCCUCCUCAACCGCCUCUCCGGAUCCGGAAUUAUUUCGUCUGAUUAUUACAACUAUGGAUUCUUCAGCGCCAGCAUCAAGAUGCCCUCUAAAUACACCGCCGGCAUUGUUGUUGCAUUCUACACGUCGAAUGUGGAUACGUUUGAAAAGAACCACGACGAAUUAGACAUCGAGUUUCUGGGAAAUGUGCAAGGCCAUGCAUGGAGAUUUCAGACCAAUGUAUAUGGAAACGGCAGCGUUUCGAGAGGCAGAGAGGAGAGAUACCGUUUGUGGUUCGACCCCAGCAAGGUUUUCCAUCGCUACAGCAUUCUAUGGACCCCACUUAACAUCAUAUUCUACGUGGACGAGAUCCCAAUACGCCAAGUGGCGCGACACGUAGGCAUGCGAGGGGACUACCCAUCGAAGCCAAUGUCCGUGUACGCGACCAUAUGGGACGCAUCGUCAUGGGCGACGAACGGCGGCAAGAGGAAAGUGGACUAUAGACACGAACCUUUUGUCGCCGAGUUCCGUGACCUAGUCCUCCAAGGCUGCGUGGUCGAUCCCAUCGACCAAUUGCCAUCCAGCAAUUGCACCAGCGAGAUUGCAGCCUUGAUGGCGUUGGAUUACUCCACCGUCACCGCCAACGGUCGCAAAUCCAUGCAGUGGUUUCGGCAUAAGUACAUGUAUUAUUCUUAUUGCUAUGAUAAUGUACGGUACCCGGUGCCCCCGCCCGAGUGCGUUUUUGUGCCUUUGGAGAGGGAGAUGCUCAGCAAAGGUGGCAGGCGGGCUGACGGAAAGGUUAACAGCCGCCGUGGGAAGGGUGGUGAGCGGCGGAGCAAGGUCCCCAAGCAUCAAUCUGCUCGCUAACUUUAACCUAGGCUAGAAUAGGCUGCAUGUGCGUGUACCUUUU